AUGCCUCGCCGCCUGGCCACAACGUUCGUGAAGCUCACGCCGGAGCGCUACGCCGCCAUUGCGAUGGAGAUGCGCGCGGUGGCCGACGGCGGCACAGAUGCGGCGAAGGUAGCUAUGGCCACGACCAUAGCGGAGGCUGUGCUGCAGGCCAUGGCGACGAGGCCCGCGAACCUCGCCGAAGCAGUUGCGACUGCCGUGGCUAGCCUCUAUGGGGGCAAGCCCGUGGCAGAGGUGGCGGAGGCCGAUGGCGGUGAGGCGGCGUCGCCCAUCGUGUACGGGCCGUUCAUGGAGGAGGGCGCCGCCGCGCUCGCACGUCUGGAGGCCGUCGAAGCAGAGCACCGCGCGGUCUUGCAGCAAAUCCAGGACGAGCGCCUGGACGCCGCCCUCAUCGGGGAGAUGAAGGCAGACGCCCAGCUUGUCGCGCAGAACCGCGCCAUCCUAGGUGCCCUCGAGGCGGCGCGCGCGGCCGAUGUGGGCGAGGCGGCGGGCGAGGACGGCGAGGCGGCGGUGGGCGAGGACGGCGAGGCGGAGGCGGGCGAGGACGGCGAGGCGGAGGCGGCCGAGGACGGCGAGGCGGAGGCGGCCGAGGAUGGCGAGGCGGCUGCGGGCGAGGACGACGGCGACGAGGAGGCGGCGGGCGAGGACGACGGAGGCGAGGCAGCUGUCGAGGAUGACGGCUCCGACGAGGAGAUGCCGGACGCCGAGGGUGUUGACGAGGCCGGCGAGGACGCCGACGGCAUCUUCUUCGCCGACUCCGAUGAGGACAUGCCCGACGUGCCCGCUGGGCCGGCGGGCGAGGACGACGACGGCUGGGGCUCCUCCAUCGAGUUCGAGAUGUCUAACGCCGGCGUGAUUCUCAUCUCCGACGACGAUGAGUAG